UCUGCCCCAAGCCUGCAGCGAGGUGCGGAGUUAUUGUGACCAGUGUUCCAGGACUCAGCACUUGGUCUUGUUGAAGUGCAUAUAAUUGGCCUCAACUCAUCAAUUGGCCUGUCCAGAUCCUUCUGUAGGGCCUUCCUACUCUCACGCAGAUCAACGCUUCCUUCCCUCUUGGUGUCAUCUGCAAACUUGCUGAGGAUGUGCUAAAUCCCUUCAUCCAGAUCAUCAAUAAAGAUACUAGACAGAGCUGGCCCCAAUAGCGACCGCUGAGAAACACCACUCAUGACUGGUCACCAGCUGGAUUUAACUCCUUUCACCACCACUCUCUGGGCCCGGACAUCCAAUUUUUUUACCGAGUGAAGAGUACACUUGUCCAAGCUAUGAGCUGCCGGCUUCUACAGAAUACUGUGGGGAAAAGAGUCAAAUGCUUUACAAAAGGCUAGGGAGAUUACAUCCGCAGCCUUUCCCUUAUCUGCUGGGCAGGUCACCUGGUCACAGGAGAUGAGAUGGGUUAAGCAGGGCCUGCCUUUCAGGAACCCACCAUGUUGGCUGGGCUUGAUCCCCUGGUUGUCUCUCAGAUGCAGCAUGAUCCCAGUCAAGACAAUCUGCUCUGUGACCUUCCCUAGUACUGAGGUCAGCCUGGCAGGCCUGUGGUUCCCCAUCUCGUUGAACUGGCAUGAUUUCCGUUCUUCUGUGUAGUAACUAUUCUGAAAGCGGGACAGUAGGUGUUUUUUGAUGAUGCAAUUUUGACUUGUAAUACUGUAACUUUUUGAAUGAGCAAGCAAGAAAAAUGUGAUGUAAAUUAAUGGAUUCUUUUUUGUGUGUGUCCUAUUAGCUACAGAAAUAUCUCAAGGUAUUAACAGGUGUAGUUUGGUUGAAGUGAAACUACUCUUUCAAAUGAGCAUCUGACUGAGGGAGGGAGUUUUAUUCAGUCAAGCUGAGAGGACCUGUCAAAAGUUAUUUUGAGGGCAGUCUGUGUUGUCUGCCAUGCUUUGUGAAAGCAGCUGGAAUGAUUGGGAUUUUAAGAAAAUGCAGAAGUGACAACAAAUGGAGAAGCUUCGGUUGUUAAAGGGAUUAAAAUCAACAAAAUAGGAUUCAGCAGAGAAAGCUAUAAGGUAUUUAACUGCAAAAGGAGAGGGGGGAAGUGUGUUUAGUUCGCAAGUAUAAAGGAGUUGCAGGCAAACCAGUGUUCCUUUGGGGAGGCUCUAGGCAGCGAAUGCUGCUGUGGGUUAACCACACAGAGCAGGCAGCUAGGCCCCAUGCAGGUGCUCGCUCACUCCAUCGUGUGAUGGGGAAAAGAAUCGGAAAGGUAAAAUGAGAACUUGUGGGUUGAAUGAAAUUAUUAAACGAUAAAUGAAGCAAGAACUGCAUGUGCAAGGAAAGCAAAUAAAGAAUCCAUCUGCAACUUUGUGCUGACAGAUAAACAUUUAGGUAUUUGCAGGAAACCACGGUUAUGUCAUGCAUAGGGAUCACUUGGGAAAACAUAAACUGUAACUCCAAACACCUCUGCCCCCCUCUUUUUUUCCCCUAGCUGUUACUGCUGACCAGGACUUGUGUGGAAUAUCCCUAUGGUUAUUGGGGCCAGCUGCCCUGUCUGUGUCCUGUCCCUAUUCCUUGUGCUUCAGCCUCUUCACUGCCACUGCAGUGUGAGAAAGAAAAGAACAUGAGUCUGUGUAAGCACUGUUCUGCAACACGUAAAACAUCAGUGUGUUAUCAAUACUGUUUUUCAUCUCAAAACUAAAACAUAGCCACUUAGGUGCUACUUUGAAGAAAAUUAACUGUUCCAGCUGAAACCAGGGCAGAAUGCCUACUGAAUGCAAGUAAAAAGCAUUGUGCUGCUACAAGGAGAAGGCAGAUAUGUGGGAUAUAUACACAAACGUAUAAAAAGAUUACAAAAAGAACUAUUGGCAUUGCAAAAUGAUCCACCUCCAGGAAUGACUCUAAAUGAAAAGAGCGUACAAAAUUCAAUUACACAGUGGAUUGUAGACAUGGAAGGUGCUCCAGGAACGCUAUAUGAAGGGGAGAAAUUUCAACUUCUAUUUAAGUUCAGUAGCCGAUAUCCUUUUGAUUCGCCUCAGGUCAUGUUUACCGGUGACAAUAUUCCUGUUCAUCCACAUGUUUAUAGCAAUGGUCAUAUCUGUUUGUCCAUUCUAACAGAAGACUGGUCUCCAGCUCUCUCAGUGCAAUCUGUUUGUCUUAGCAUUAUUAGCAUGCUUUCCAGCUGCAAAGAAAAGAGGCGACCUCCAGAUAACUCAUUUUAUGUAAGAACAUGUAACAAGAAUCCAAAGAAAACAAAAUGGUGGUAUCAUGAUGACACAUGUUGAUGCCACCAUUUUGUGAUCCUCGUAGCAGAAGAUAGUCCUACUGAGAAAAUGAGCACUUUGAUCAUUCAGUCUUUGAACUUUAACCUUUGACUGGAAGUGACCUAUAGGCAAAGAAGACUACUUCCUUUGACUGCAUUUUUACUAGUGUGCAUUCUGGGCGCAUGUUGAUCGCUGGUUCAGUCCAUGCAACUGACAUGCUUUUAUUAGUCAUACAGUAUUAAUGCAGGUGUCCAGAAAUGUCAGAAUAAUUCCAUUAUUUUUAUUUUAAGCUUUUGGAAGAAUUCCAGGUCUUCAUAUAUUGUGCAAUAACACUGAACUCCUUGGCGGUUUUGGUGCAUCCAUUGCCGGCAAUGGACAUUGUACCAGGGAAAGGUUUUGCUCCUGCCACAAAAAGAUUGAUGUGUAAUAGAGCUUAGGAAAGUUUCAGAUAUUUGAAUUAUAAGCAAGGGAUCUACCUUUACCUUAAAAGCCACCCCAUUCUUUUGUAUUUGGAUUCUAUGCACUGUGAUCACAAAACUAGCAGCAUGAGUUAACAUGCUUAGCUGAAGGACUGUAAUAAGAUCAUUGCAUAUUUAUUAAAUUGUUUGUCUGCUGUCAAAUUGUUUUGACGUGGAAGGUUUUUCAAGUGACAUUGGCAGGGAGGUACAAUGUUAUCCCUAUGGUGAAAUAAAACUACUUUUUGUAUAUAGUUAUUCAUAUCUCUGAAGCAAAGGUAUGAGUAAUUUAGGGUAUGAAUGAUUUAAUCAAGAAUUUAUUUUGGAGAUAGGAGAGGAUGGCAGUGAUAUAACUGAACUUGCUGCAGUCCAUAAUUGGGCUUGUAAUUUGUACUUUAGAGCUUUUUCCAAAUAGAUUGCACACUGUUCUUUCCUGCUAGCCAUCAGCAUGAGCCCUACUGCCUACACCAAUAUUUCAUUUAUUUAUGUGUUUGAAAGAAAUCCAUAUAACAUUUUUGUUUGCAUUCACUGUUUCUUUUGUUGUUGUAUGUCAUGUUUGAAUGUUACAGAACAAUAUUUUGAUUGAAAAGCUUUGUCAGAAGAUAUUUUCAUGUAAAUUAUUUCUUUACCUUGUAAGCAUCAUCUUGUCUUUUAAUCCUGUACUAUAAAAAGAAAAAAAAAUACAUUUUUGACAGAGGCUUAAUGUUUUGACAAAAAAGUGUGGACCUUCUUAUUUAAGUUUAAACUAAAGUAUAUUUUCUUAACUUGCUUGUUCCUCACAACCAUACUGUUUUGUUUUGUUUUCCCUCCAGGCUUUUACUUCACCCCUCCCUCCCCCCUGCCCCAAAAAAAGAAAAAAAGAAAAAAAAAAAACAGAUGAGAAAGCCUAAAACCAGAUUGAUGUAUUUUCUAUGGAGCAACAUUUUAUUGAAAUAAUAGAUAGUUGUUCUCACCACUCUGUAAUAUUUUGAUACUACAAUUAGGUUAUCUUUUUAGGAAGCACUUUUAUAAACUUAAUACCUUUACACGUAUGCAAAAUUUCUAUGACUUUUUUUUUUUACUGUUGCCUUAUUGUUGCACUCAAAAAUAAAGAAUCAAGUGGUCAAUACGUGAAUGUUUAGAUGAAGUAACUACUUGAUUUUAAAAAAAACAAGCAGAAAAUCAACAGUGACAUAACCCAGAAUGAAUAACUACAAAAACAAACAAAAUUGGCUGAUAGUACUGAAUUUUCUAACUGCUGUAUAAUAACUGACAAAUUUUAUAGCCUUGUACAUACUUCUCUCUGUUAUCUAAUGUUUAAAACAUUUUUAAAAAUCAUAAAAGCGUAACUCAGGGUGGAUAGAGUUCAAAUGGAUUUGCUUUGGAGAAGUUUUGUACAGCGAUUUAAUUAUUGAUAUUGUCAGUAAAGCGAGGCUACAAUAUACUUCAGGAACUGCUAUUUUUUCUACUGUAUUGAAGAUAUCUCUUGGCCUUUAAAACUAAAUGGUAAAAUCUAGCUUUGGAAUAUAAAUUUGAUGUGUAUAUAUACUUUCACAAAGAGCCUUUAAAAUCGAGAAUUCAGAUUCUUUUAAGAGCCAAAAAUAAUCAUUUUAAGCAAAUUAAAUAGUUGUGCUCCUAACUUUUUAUUUAGAUAAAUUUUAUUGCUUUAAGUUAAUCAAAUCUGUUAUUUUUGGAAAUGUUUCAUAUGAAUGAGCAGUGAUCUGCAUAUUUAAUCUGUAUAUUCUUGUUAACUGCUCACUAUUAUUGAUUGAAAGGAUUGUCACAUCUUUGAGAAAUUCAUGUAUUUUCAUCCAACUGGUUCACGUAACGGAUCCUUUCAGAUAGUCCACAGUGAAGAGAUCUUAUUUUGAUACAAGGUAAUGUGUCUGAAGAAAUGGUUAAAAUGCAUCUUCUCAGAUACUUAAAUCUUUUCAUAUGUUGGAUUGCCGUUCUACAAUACAUGAUUUCAAAGAAGCUUUAUGACAUACUGUAUGUAUUUUGUUGAAGAUGCGCGUUGUAAUGCAAAGCAUUAUAUGGUUUUUUGUUCUAUGCUAUCACAUGGACUACAGUGAAGUUAACUAAAUUUGUGCUGCUCUUUAAUGAAAUCCUCUGUAAUAAGAGAAAAAGAAAUCCAAGGUAGAUUAGAAGAGAAUUUACCUCAAGUCUUUUAGUUUACAGUAGAAAUGCAUUCAUUGGUUCUCUUGUAGAUCUAUUGAUAAGUUCUCCUAUAUACAGAGGGCAAGGACAAGGCCUAUAUACCACUCGAGCCCUCAAAAUAAUGCAACUAUUCUGACAAUACUAUGAUGCUCUGAAAGGGGGCUUAAAUUAGAUGAAGGUGGUGCCAUCCUUUCCAUAGGGUGACCCUGUGUAUGUAACUUUCAUUCAGAAUUUCUCUCAUGAAAUGGUUACAGAAUUGGCUUGAAAUUAUCUUGCUUUUAAUUUGUGUCAAUGUUAAUGUUGUUAAACACUUUGUUUUUGUGUUUAGUGUCUUUAUACUAUAACACAAUAAAUUCUUGUUUUAAAAUAGAUUACUACCCUUGAA